AUGGUGUCCUUUGAUGUUGUCUCAAUUUUCAUGUCCAUAUCAGAGGCGUUUGUGGUCGAACCGCACAGUGACCUGCUACAUCAAAAUUACGAUGAGGGCGGUGGCCAGCCCACGGCUCAGCAUCUCGCAGAACUGGCGGAUCACUGCCUCAAGACAUUCUUCACUUUUGAAGGGGUCACAAAUGAGCAAGUUACGGACACUCUGAUGGGUUCACCAACCUCCGGCCUCACUGCUGAGGGGGCUCUGCGAAAACUCGAGAGGCGACUGUCGGAGGAGUACAAACCCAGGUUUUUGACGCGCCACGUUGACGGCACUUUUUUAAUGGCCGAUCGUGAUAAAAUUAACUACUAUGUGGAACAAAGGAAUUCAAUCAUUCCUGACCUACAAUUUACGGUAGAAGGCGAAGUGCAGAACAAAUUUCUAUUCCUGAAUGUUCUUGUCUGUCUAUGUUUUUUCGCACUAUAUGCGGAUUCCUUUCUUUAAGGGUUGCCCAGAUAAAGAGUUACAAGCCGUGAAUUUUCGCCUUUAAGCCGAUAAUGCCAAGAAUUCGCCCUUCACCCUCAAGCAGCGUUGCUUAAUUGGCCUAAUUACUGCAUGUGAUCUUGGAUAAUACGAAAGUCUCGAGACGUCGUUUUGUCAAAGGCACUUUUCUCUUACUGAAUCCAUUUUCUGAAUACCAAGAGAUGUUAUUUGACGAGCAGUAACCUUUUACGAAUAGAACACCUCAGAACUGUUCUUUGCUUUCUGUUUUGCAUUAAGUUGGGUCUUUCAUGCUGUGAAAACCUCCCUCAAGUGAACACUCGAGACCGCCGUCGUCCACUAUAUGCUCCAAAGCAAGGUGGAACAGGCGCGACGACUUGCGCAUGAAUUAGUUUAUAGUGGUGGUAGACUUGCGCUGCAUCUACCGCUCUCUCUCCUCCCCCAGUUGGACACGGCGUCAAGACAGAGGCAGGGAGAACGGAGACGCAACAACGGGCCCGAAAGGCGAGGAUUACUGGGCAGCCAUUUACACUACAUACCUGCGCUAA